AUGCAAUCAAGUGCUCUAAGUGUAUUGAUUUUAUGUGCCUUUCUGUUCAUCCAAUCAAUCGUUGCUCAAGAUUAUUACGCGAUCUUGGGAGUUUCUAAAGAUGCAUCUGAUAAAGAAAUCAAAUCCGCUUACAGGCAACUGUCUAAGAAGUACCAUCCAGACAAAAAUCCAGGCGAUGACGCCGCACAUCAAAGCUUUAUAGAAGUUGGUGAGGCUUAUGAGGUGCUUAGCGAUAACGAAAAGCGUCAAAUUUACGAUAAAUAUGGCGCCGAUGCGCUGAAGAAUGGCGGCCAAGGAGGACCAGGAGGAGCGGGAGGACCUGGUGGCGGAUUCCAUGAUCCAUUUGACAUUUUUGAACAAAUGUUCGGACAGCAACGGGGUGGCAGAGGUAGACCACGCGGCCAAAAUUUAGAAGCCAGGGAGGGCCUUACGCUCGAGGAAUAUUAUCAAGGUAAGAAGAUUGACUUCGUUUUUAACCUAAACGACGUGUGUGAUCAUUGCCAUGGGUCUGGUUCGCAAGAUGGGAAGACAACGACCUGCCCUGAUUGUCAAGGGCAUGGUAUGGUUAUUCAAGUGGUGAGAAUGGGACCCAUCACACAAAAGAUUCAACAAGUCUGUGGCAAAUGUCAAGGUAAAGGUCAAAUCAUCAAGAACAAAUGUAAAACCUGUAAAGGUAGUAAAGUGGUCAGGAAGCCAAGAAAUUUUCACGUUGAAGUGCCUGCUGGUGCUCCUCGAGACUUUGUGGAUGUCAAAUCAGGUCAAGCUGAUAAAGGCCCAGAUUUUGACGCUGGCGAUGUAUUCAUCAAAUUCCACGAGCUGGACAAAAACAACCUGGGUUACAGAAGGCGAGGCUCGGAUCUUUUCAGAACUGAAGUAUUGAGUUUGGAAGAAGCUCUGUACGGAGGCUGGACGAGAGAAAUUGCAUUUUUUGAUAAAGCCAAGAAACUAAGUAUUCACAGACCAGAAGGAGUCCCAGUCAGACACGGUGAUGUUGAACGCAUACGCAAUUUCGGUAUGCCUAGGAAUGGCAACAAGUUCGGAGAUCUCUACAUAGACUACGUCGUCGUCAUGCCAAGAGCAGUAUCUACGGGCUCCUUGAGAGACGAGCUAUAG